UGAUGCAAAAAAAAAAAAAAAAAGACUUGCUGUGAUUUCCUGGGUCAGUUUACCCCGCACAUAUUUGAUUUGUGUGUCUUAACAAAGGGCAGCGUGAAACGUAGAGUGUAAAUUGAUCAUGUCCAUUUUCGUGAUCCCGAACGUGUUGCACGACUGUCCGCUCAGCAGCAUUGGUAAGCUAUGACUCCGAAAACAUACGAAACAGUUUUCCGGGAAAUCCCGAUCGCCAAACCCCCUUUCUAAUGUUGCUGUACCUCAAACCCUCCCCCCGUGCCAGAGGAGUAGAAACAACAAGCCGCCAUUUUGUUUGUGCGGAGAGACCGAAAGAGGCAGGAGACCGAGAAAAAGAGCUUCUGUAGCACCGUUCCCAGCGACUUGGAAAGCCGCCGGGAGUUGAGUGGUGCUAUCGUCUCGGUGGAAAUAAGACAUAACGAAAACAAUAUAGAUAAAAACGAAACAAAGAGAGAGAGAGAACGGGUUAAACGCGCUCUUGAAAAUCCAAGGAAGGGGGUGUUUUUACGGAGCGGAGAGGAGAGGCGGAAGAAGGCAAUACAUUUAAACGAAGGAAAGCCUGCGAGGGAGAGGAAAAGAUAACGUUUAAUUUUUACUCUAUUGCUAUCUCUGAUCACGGAGAUUGAAAUCCUCCCGAAGAUAAAAACGAUGACUUUAACUAGCCGCUGGAAGGACUGAGAAAGAAGGAUUUAACAGAAGAAUUGGAAGGUAGAGAAAAUAAAAGGUUAAACGCGAAGGGGGGGAUACAGCAUCACAAAGACUCAAUGAAAGGUUUUUGAGGAACCGAAAUGAUUUUGUGGGGCUGAAGCUUCCUGCAUCUUCUGGAUGAGAAACGAUCCCCACUUUUAUUUUACAAAAUACUGGAGCAACCCCCUCGUUCUAUCCAAUUUUCGAACGCCACCGUAUUCUCUUUUUCUUGGUUGGGGAUUUUUUUCUGAACUUGCAACGCGAUCCAUCGCGGUAUACGCAGUGACAGAUAAAUUAUUUUUUUGCAACAUUUGUCAACCGGUUUAAAUCGCGUUUAAACAUUCGGUGGCCUCUUCAAAAAGGCUACUUGAUGUGUGAUGGGAAGGCACAGAUGUGGAAGAACAUUACUUUGCAAAAAUCGUCUGCCUGUAAUGAAACUAGCCCAACGACUAAUUGGAUCAAACUGAUAUUAAUUAGCUAGAUAUGCAAUUUCUGUAAACGUGGUGGUUUUAUAAAACUCGCAGUGGUGAUAAUCGGGGAUGCACAUUGCUGCAACUCCAAAAUCAAGGUAUUUGCUUGGAGCAAUGAUGGGAGAUUUUUGAUAAUUCCAAACCCAAUUUCUUGCAUUCUGUUCAUGCAGAGGGCGCCCGAGCCAACUUGGACGCAUAAACAAAUGUUCGACACAUCUAUAGGUGCUAUUCUAGACAUCAGAACAGAGAUUGUAUUCUGGUUUUGGAACAAACAGUGUUAAUGCAUCGUGCAUUUUUGUUGCAAUUGAGUGUUAAUCACGAAUAACUGUGGAGCACGGCAUAGUUUUUUUUCUUCACAUACUUCAGAAGUGAUCGUCCAGCCUACUCAUAAGCGCCAUGGUAUUAUAUUUCAGCUGUAAUGCACGUGUAUGCUAUUUAUCGCACAAAACUAGUCUUUUAGUUUGAUCCAACUAUUAUACACUAGAUUGACAGAUUGUAAAGUACAUACUGCGAGAUAGAUGAUGCAUUGUAAAUUGUGUCAUUUUGGCUGUAGGUCGUGGGAGUGCUUAGUGACUUAAAGUUUGAAGAGGUUGCAGUCUUGGGGCUAUUUUACCAACGGUUGACAUUUUCUUUUUUUUUUAGUUCCAAUGCCAAUUGCAGAAAGACUUGUUCUUUGAUCUUGACUGUUGUUGUUAAAAGCAGUUGGCAGUGUAUAUUUUUGUUGGUGGUCGUGGGAGUUUUUCACACUUUCAUCUGGAUAUCCUGACCCAGAGAAAAGCGAAUGGUGAUGCUGGGAACAAACUGCAUUGACUGCAAUGGGAACUCGCUGCAAAAGACGGAUUUACCCUCUGACGGGAUUUUCCUUAGUAUUGCAUGAGGCGAACCCCUAGGCAUAGAUAUCGGGGUACAACUGGGUUGCAUUUCUUACCCUGGUCCCAUCCAGCCACACGCUCUACGACGACCUAGCCCAACGAAGCAGAACUGAACUCUUGGUUUCUCCGCCGACUAUGGCGGAAAAGACUGAUACAGCCAUGGAGGAUAAGUCUUGGGACAAUCUCCCAGUCGCCGAGGAGGCUACGUGAGUUUGGAGCUUGGAUGCAUACCUUUUGGCGACACCACAUUCCCUUGAUCUGCUUUACUCGGAGCAGUAAAACAUAAUCCUAUAUUUGUAAAUAAUAAUUCGAGAAGCAAGGGGGAUUGAUCCAUUGGGUCUUAUUAAAAAGCGAAUCAAGAACGAGAUUGUAGCUACAAGGCUAUCCUCCAUCCGCUUCGCAACGGAGGGCAACACAUUAAAAACGUUUGGAGAAGGGAGUUGUCCGAUUACCCCAGGAGGACACGAACAAGGGAAAACGGCUGUCCUUUGUGGAUACAUAUUUUUUGUUAUUCGUAAAAAAUAUGGCCGAUAAUGUUCUGGACUCCGGCCCGCCUUCAGCCAAGAGGCCUAAACUAUCCUCACCGGCUCUCUCUGUCUCCGCCAGCGAUGGGAAUGAUUUCGGUUCCCUGUUUGACUUGGAGCAUGAUCUCCCCGAUGAGCUCAUCAACUCCACGGACCUGGGCUUGCCCAACGGCGGCGACCUCAGCCAGCUCCACACCAGCCUGGGCGGAGUGGGAGGGCUGGGAGGACUGGGGACCAGCGGCCAGGAUGCCGCCGCCAAACACAAGCAGCUCUCGGAGCUCCUGCGCUCCGGAGCCCCCCUGCCCACCACCUCGGCGGCCGGCGGCAGCCCAGGCAAUGCGGCCCCCAUGGGGCUCCUGGGAGGCCUGAACGCCUCCGCCGGUGGUCCAGGGGCCAUGGGCGGCCAGCAGACACAGCACUCGUCGCCACAGCAGGCUGCGGGCAUGAUGCAGCAGGCGGGCAUGGUGGGCGGACUCAACAGGGGCAUGAUGGGAGGAGCCCAAAAGGGCCCAAACGGGCAGCAGAUGCAGCCGGGUCCCGGCGGAGCUCCGCAGGGCAUGAUGGGCGGGCAGGUGAUGAACGGCUCCCCCAGGAUGGGCUACCCCAACCAGGGCAUGGGUAGCAACAGCAACCUGCUGGCGGACACACUACAGCAACAGCCGAUGCAGCCGCAGCAGCAGGGAGGACCACAGAUGGGCCAUGCAGGCAUGAGACCACAGCAACCAGGAGCAAUGAACAAGAUGGGAAUGAUGCCCAACGCGGGUCCCUACGGUGCACCCUAUGGCCAGGCGGCCGGACAGGUGAUGGGCCAGCAGCUCCCGAACAAAGCAGCGAUGCCCAACAGCCUUGCCCAGUUUAACAUGGACAAGAAACCCCAGCCGGUCCAGGGCAUGGCUGCUAUGGCCUCGCAGCAGCCUUCAGUAGUGGGGUCCGGUCCAGUGGGCGGUGGUGCGGCGGGAGGCCCUGGCAACGGCCAGGCGAGCCUGAGCUCCAUGGCCUCGGCCCCGGGGGGCGCGGCGCCCCCCACGGCCGACCCGGAGAAGCGCAAGCUUAUCCAGCAGCAGCUGGUGCUCCUGUUGCACGCGCACAAGUGCCAGCGGCGGGAGCAGGCCAACGGCGAGAUGCGGCCCUGCAACCUGCCCCACUGCCGCACCAUGAAGAACGUCCUCAACCACAUGACCCACUGCCAGGCUGGCAAGUCCUGCCAGGUGGCGCACUGUGCCUCUUCGCGACAGAUCAUCUCUCACUGGAAGAACUGCACACGGCACGACUGUCCUGUCUGUCUGCCCCUGAAGAACGCAGGGGACAAGCGCAAUCAGCAGUCACUUCUAAGCAACGCCGCCUUGGGUAUGGCUAACGCGCUAGGGGCAGUGCCAGGCAGUCAGCCCAGCACGCCCAACCUUAACCCGCCCAGCCAGAUCGACCCCAGCUCCAUCGAGCGGGCGUAUGCGGCACUGGGCCUCACCUACCAGGGCAACCAGAUGACCGCCACGCCCCAGCAGUCCUCGCUGACCGGACAGGGCCUCCCGGGCCAAGCUGGCGUCAGGCCUCUCAACUCGAUGGCUGGAGGAAACCCCAUGGGUGUGAACGGUGGCGUAGGGGUUCAGUCCCCUGGCCAGCAGACUAACCUUCUCCAGGACUCCAUGCUGCACCGAAACAUGAACGCGCAAAGCCUCAUGAACGACAGCGCCAGCAUUGCUAACAUGGGCAACAUGCCCACCGCAGCGCCACCCUCAACUGGUGGCAUGAGAAAGAGCUGGCAUGAAGACAUCACGCAAGACCUACGCAACCACCUAGUGCAUAAACUAGUGCAGGCCAUCUUUCCGACGCCUGACCCUGCUGCGCUGAAGGACCGACGGAUGGAGAACCUGGUGGCGUACGCACGGAAGGUGGAGGGAGACAUGUACGAGUCGGCCAACAGCAGGGCGGAGUACUACCACCUCCUGGCGGAGAAGAUCUACAAGAUCCAGAAGGAGCUGGAGGAGAAGAGGCGGACUCGGCUGCAGAAGCAGGGUAUGAUCCCCACGCAACCGGGCAUGCCGCCCUCCAACCUGCCCCCGGGCAUGGGCCAACUUCCUGGCAUGGCCCCUGGCCAGCCUCCUAACGGCCCCCAUGCAGACCCAUCCUCCCUUGUCCCUCCAGCGGUACCCAAUCCGAUGGUCAACCGAAUGCAGAAUCCUGCAGCCAUGAACCAGUUUGGCCAGAUGGGGAUGCAGGGAGUGGGGCCCAGGCCACAGCCGCAGAUGCCCAUGGGAAGCCCACUCAAUCAGAUGGGUCGGGGAGGCCCAAGGAUGGGCCAGCCCAAUAUGCCCCAGAUGCAGAACCAGUACCUUCCGUCUGGGCAGUUCCCUGGGCCUGGUACUGGCCUCAACGCUGGCCCAGUGGGUAUGGGGCAGUCGGGGCCACAGCCUGGCAUGAAUCAGGCUCAGAUGCCCAAUCCGGCCUCCAUGCCUGUGGGUAGCCCGGCGGGGCAAGCUGGCGGCCCCGUGUCUGGGGUGGUGGGUCCAGGUGGUCCUCCCGGCGGUCCGAUGGGCUCCAUGAUGCCCGGUAACGUCCCUGGAGGAGGAGGUGCACCCUCCGGCCUGGCGCCGUCCUCACAUCCCAACUCCCACGGGCACUGCCCCCCCAUGCGGAGCUCUCCGUCACCCGCCCGCAGCCUGACGCCCACCCCCCAUCCUACCACCCCCGCCCAUCCGGGCUCGCUGACGCCCCAACCGCACACGCCAAACCCCCCCUCCGUGCCACCCUCGUUACCCCAGCCCCAACAGCAGCAGCAGCAGCAGCAGCAGCAGCAACAACAACAACAGCAGCAGCAGCAGCAGCAGCAGCAGCAGCAGCAGACGCCCAUGGCUCAGCCAAUGGGGACAGGGAUGGGUGUGGAGAAAACCAAUCAGCAGCAGCAGCAGACGCUCGGGGGCGGGGCCUCUUCGGGACAUCAACAGGGAGGCCUGACGCCAUCCUUGCCAUCAGCGCAAAACAGCCACGUGAACGCCCAGCACCCGCGAACACCGCUCUCCCAGAAGUCCUCACUGACGGCCGACGGCCAGGUGUCCACGCCAGCCUCUGUCAGCAGUGUGGACCACGGCUCCCAGCAUGCCCCAUCCACCGACGCCCCUCCACCCUCCGCCACCUCCACCACCACCUCCUCCACCACUGCUGCCACGCUGGAGCCCAAAAUGGAGGUGAAGACGCAGGCUGGCGAGGAGGAGGACGAGGAGUCGGAGAACUCGACGGACGGGAAGCCCUCGGGGAAGAUGGGACACAUGCACAACGACCGGGACGUCAAGACUGAGGAGAAACCAGAGGUGAAGCCCGUGAAGAAAGAGGAGUCUUCAUCUGAGAGCUGCAAGUCGGAGCCCAUGGACACGUCGUCAUCGUCAUCAUCGUCGUCGUCGUCGUCAGGUGCGGCCGGUGAGGAGAAGAAGCCAGAGGUGAAGACCGAACCCAAAGAGGAGAGCACGGACGACAAAGCCAACGCCAACAGCUCCCCUGUAGCCGAAAAGAACAAGAAGAAAAUCUUCAAGCCAGAGGAGCUGCGGCAGGCGCUCAUGCCCACCUUGGAGGCUCUGUAUCGGCAAGACCCAGAGUCUCUGCCGUUCCGGCAGCCGGUGGACCCCCAGUUACUGGGAAUACCCGACUACUUUGACAUUGUGAAGAACCCCAUGGACCUGUCCACCAUCAAGCGCAAGCUGGACACAGGCCAGUACCAGGAGCCCUGGCAGUACGUGGACGACAUCUGGCUCAUGUUCAACAAUGCCUGGCUCUACAACCGCAAGACGUCGCGCGUCUACAAAUACUGCUCCAAGCUGGCUGAGGUCUUUGAGGCGGAGAUCGACCCCGUCAUGCAGGGCCUGGGCUACUGCUGCGGCAGGAAGCUGGAGUUCUCUCCUCAAACCCUGUGCUGCUAUGGGAAGCAGCUGUGCACCAUCCCGCGAGAUGCCGCCUACUUUAGCUACCAGAACAGUUCACCAAAAUAUGGGCUUCUUGCUGACAGGUACCACUUCUGUGAGAAGUGUUUCAACGAAAUCCAGGGCGAGAGCGUUUCCCUGGGAGACGACCCCUCGCAGCCUCAAACGUCCAUCAACAAAGAUCAGUUUCAGAGGAAGAAGAAUGACACGCUCGAUCCGGAAUUACUGGUUGAAUGCACUGACUGUGGCCGUAAAAUGCAUCAGAUCUGCAUCCUGCACAAUGACACAAUUUGGCCAGCAGGCUUUGUGUGUGACGGCUGUCUCAAGAAUAUUAACAAGUCAAGGAAGGAGAACAAAUAUGCAUCCAAACGGUUACCGCAGACCAAACUGGGCGGUUUCCUGGAGACGCGGGUGAACGACUACCUGAGGCGGAACAACCACACCGAGCUGGCACCCUACGUGGGCGAUGUCACAGUGCGCGUGGUGCACGUCUCCGACAAGGUGGUGGAGGUCAAGCCGGGCAUGAAGUCCAGAUUUGUGGACAGCGGUGAAAUGGCCGAGUCCUUCCCCUACAGGUCCAAAGCGCUCUUUGCCUUCGAGGAGAUUGACGGCGUGGAUGUGUGCUUCUUUGGCAUGCACGUGCAGGAGUAUGGCUCGGACUGCCCUCCUCCAAAUCAGAGACGGGUUUACAUCUCCUACCUGGACAGUGUGCACUUUUUCCAGCCUCGGCACCUGAGGACAGGCGUUUACCACGAGAUCCUCAUUGGCUACCUGGAGUACGUCAAGAGACUUGGGUUCACAACGGGUCACAUUUGGGCGUGCCCUCCCAGCGAGGGUGACGACUACAUCUUCCACUGUCACCCCAUGGAUCAGAAGAUCCCCAAGCCCAAGAGGCUGCAGGAGUGGUACAAGAAGAUGCUGGACAAGGCUGUGGCCGAGCGCAUCGUGCACGACUACAAGGACAUCUUCAAGCAGGCCACUGAGGAUCGUCUGACGAGCGCUAAGGAGCUGCCCUACUUCGAGGGGGACUUCUGGCCCAACGUGCUGGAGGAGAGCAUCAAGGAGCUGGAGCAGGAGGAGGAGGAGAGGAAGAGAGAGGAGAACAGCACCUCCAGCGAGAGCGUCGAUGCAACCAAAGGGGACAGUAAGAACGCCAAGAAGAAGAACAGCAAGAAGACCAGUAAGAACAAGAGCAGCCUGAGUCGAGCCAACAAGAAGAAGCCAGGCAUGCCCAACGUCUCCAACGACCUCUCCCAGAAGCUCUACGCCACCAUGGAGAAGCAUAAAGAGGUGUUCUUUGUGAUCCGGCUGAUCGCCGGGCCCACGGCCAACUCGUUGCCACCCAUCACGGACGUGGACCCGCUGAUGGCGUGCGACCUGAUGGACGGGCGCGACGCCUUCCUGACGCUGGCGCGCGACAAGCACCUGGAGUUCAGCUCGUUGCGGCGCUCCAAGUGGAGCUCCAUGUGCAUGCUGGUGGAGCUGCACAACCAGAGCCAGGAUCGCUUCGUCUAUACCUGCAACGAGUGCAAACACCAUGUGGAAACUCGCUUCCACUGCACGGUCUGCGAGGUACGAGGACUGGACUACGACCUGUGUGCCAAAUGCUACAACACCAAAGGCCACGAGCACAAGAUGGAGAAGCUGGGCCUGGGCCUGGACGACGAGAGCAACAACGCGGCGGCCGCCUCCACGCAGAACCCCAGCGACUCGCGCCGCCUGAGCAUCCAGCGCUGCAUCCAGUCCCUGGUGCACGCCUGCCAGUGCCGCAACGCCAACUGCUCGCUGCCCUCGUGCCAGAAGAUGAAGCGCGUGGUGCAGCACACCAAAGGGUGCAAGCGCAAGACCAACGGCGGCUGCCCCAUCUGCAAGCAGCUCAUCGCCCUCUGCUGCUACCACGCCAAGCACUGCCAGGAGGCCAAGUGCCCCGUGCCCUUCUGCCUCAACAUCAAGCACAAGCUGCGCCAGCAGCAGCUGCAGCACCGGCUCCAGCAGGCCCAGAUGCUGCGCCGGCGCAUGGCCACCAUGCAGCGCGGCGCCCAGCCCGUGGCCCCCGACGGCACGCCCGGACCCGGGGGCCUGCCCUCCUCGCCCUCGGGCAACAACGGCGCCACGGGGCCCAGCACGCCCACCUCGGUGGGCACCCAGCCGCCCACCCCGCAGACGCCCACGCAGCCGGGGAUGCCCCCUGCCAUGCCCCAGCCCGGCGGUGGCAUGGGUGGUGUCCCUGGUGGUGGUGGAGGAGGAGGAGGAGGAGGUCCCCCUGGUGGUGGAGGGCCGCAACAACAACAACAGCAACAGCAGCAGAUGGGCAUGCCACAGCAAGGCGGGAUGCCACCGCAUGCCAUGCACCACCAGUACCCGCAGCAGAUGCAGGGAGGGCCAGGCGGCGGCGGUGGUGGCGGCAUGAUGAACUCACCCCAACAUCAGCAGCAAAUGCAGGGCAUGCCGCAGCAACAACAGCAGCAGCAGCAGCAGAUGCAACAUCCGCAGCACCCCAACAGCAUGUCUCCGUACGGCGGGCCCAGAGGCCCUCACCCUCCACCUGGCUCCUCGCCCCGCGGCCAGACCCACGGCAAGCCAGGCCUGGGACCCGCCACCCCUCCGCAACCGCCGCAGCAGCAACAGACGCCCCCGCAUCCGCCCAACCCCGGCCAGUCGCCCAUGUCCCAGCAGCAGCAGCCCCAGCCAGGCCCGCCAGGACCUCAGCAGCCAGGGCAGGGGGGACCGCAACAACAACAACAACCCCAGCAGCAGCAGGCUCCGUCGGGCCCGCCGCAAGCCGCCGUGGAGAUCGCCAUGAAGAUCCAGCAGAUGGCAGACGCCCAGCGGAAGAUGGCGCAGGUGCACAUGCUGCAGAGGCAACAGCAGGCCGCUGCCGCCGCCGCGGCAGCCAACCAGGGCCAGGGCGGAGGGCCAGGCAUGAUGGCCCCGCACCCGCACCACCCCCAGCAGCAGCAAGGCCCCGGCGGCCAGAUGGGCAUGGUGCCGCACCCCAACGUGGGCAUGGUGGGCGUGCCGCAGGGCUUGCCUCCGCAGGCGGCCUCUGCAGCCCGGGCCCACCUAGAGCAGCAGCAGCAGCAGCAGCAGCAGCAGCAGGUGCCUCCUGGCAUGAUGGUGGGCCCUGGAGGCCCCAUGCAACAGCAGCAGCCUCAGCAACAACCUCAAGGCCCCGGCCUGCCACCCAACGCCCAGGGCCAGAUGCCGGGGCAAGUGGGCCCCCUCCAGGCCAGGGUGGGCCCCCAGCAGCUCCAGCCGGGGCAGCAGCAGCAGCAGCAGUGGGCCGGCCAGGGCAUGCCACCCCAGAGACCCCCAGGCAUGAUGGGGCCCAUGGGGGGGCAGCCAGGGAUGCCGCUGUCCGCACAGCAACAGCAGCAGAUGCAGCAGCAAGCUGGACAAAUGGGCGUCCGCAACCCCAUGAUCAACAUGCAGCCGGGUGGUGGCGCGGCGGGCCCCAGCGCCGGAGUGCCCGGCGCGGGUGUGGUGGGUCCCGGAGGCCCAGCCGGCCCGGGCGGUUUCCCCCAGACGGCCCUCCAGGAGCUGCUGCGCACCCUGCGCUCGCCCAGCUCCCCCUUACAGCAGCAGCAGGUGCUCAACAUCCUGCGCUCCAACCCCCAGCUCAUGGCGGCCUUCAUCAAGCAGCGGGUCUGCAAGUACAAGGGCGGCACGGGCGGGCCCGGAGGUCCCGGCGGCGUGGUGCCCCCUGGCGUGCCCGGCGGCCCUCAGGUGGUGCCCGGCGGAGGAGGACCCAUGCCCGGUGGUCCCGGCGGCCAGCAAGCGGGUCCGGCGGGCGCCGCAGGGCCAGGUGGCAUGCACUUAGGACAAGGAGGCGUCAGCAUGCAGUCCAUAGCUCAACUGCAGCAGCAACAACAGAUGCAGCAACAGCAGCAGCAGCAGCAGCAGCAGAGGCCCAUGUUACCACAGCAAGUCGCAGCACUCCAACAGCAGCAGGCCCAGCAGCAAGCCCAGCAGCAGCAGCAAGGGGGCAUGCCAGGGCCGGGCCAAGGAACCUCCAUGGCCAACAUCAACCCGCAGUUCAGAGAACUCCUACUGAGGAGACACCUGCAGCAACAGCAGGCGGCUCAGCAGCAGCAGCAGCAGCAGCAGCAACAACAGCAGCAAAUGGCCAACCACGUGCAGUUCCAGCAGCCGCAGCCUCCGCAGCAAGGCCCGCCGCAGGGCUACAUGGGCCAGCCGGGUACCAUGCAGCAGAUGGGCCCUGGAGGUCAGCUCCCGCCCGGCGCCCAGCAGCAGGCCGCCACGGCCGCCCUCCAGCAGCGGCUCCAGAUGCAGCAGCAGCAGCAGCAGCAGCAGAACGCCCUCAUGCAGCAGGGGGCUGACGGAGGCCCCGGAGGGGGGCCAGGAGGUCCACCGCAGGGUCCCCAGCAACCAGGAGGUGGUCCCCAGGGCGGAGGACCACAGAACCCCCAAGCGCUCCUCCAGCAGGCCCUGCAACAGAGGCUCCUGCAGCAGCAGCAGCACCUGUCUGGAGGCUCCCCUGCCCAGCACGGCAGCCCCAUGAGCCCCCAGACCACGCAGCAGCAGCAGCAGAUGUCCCAGUCGCCGCACCUGCAGGGCCAGCCGCAGCAGCUGGCCUCCUCCCUCCCCAACCAGGUGCGCUCCCCCCAGCCCUCGCCGCGGCCGCACUCGCAGCCGCCACACUCCAGCCCCUCGCCCCGCAUGCAGCCGCAGCCCUCGCCCCACCACAUCUCGCCCCAGACGCAGACGGGCUCCCCGCACCCCUCCCACCUAGCGCAGCACCACCCGGGCAUGGGGCAGCAGCAGCAGCCGGGACAGUCCGGCCAGCAGAACCCCAUGGAGCCUUCGGGGGGUGGCCCGUUUGGGCAGGACCAGAGCGCCAUGCUGUCGCAGCUGAGCAGCAUGGGGGCGCUGCACGGGCCCGGUGGGGGGCCCGCGGACAUGCUGUCGGGGGGCGGGCAGGAACUCGGCUCCGGAAUGAAUCACAAUUCCUCGUUAGACAUCAUGUAGCAAUUUGAGGUGCUCCCCUCCUGAACAUAGACACCUCACACACACACACAAGGAGUGCGGACAGUGUUAGCUUUUAAAUAUUGCUUUUUAUUUUUUUUUCUCCUUUUUUAAAAAUCAGUACAAAGAUUAUUAUUUAAUGUUUUUCAAUAUAAACGCAAUGAACUGACCUUCCUAUGGGAGAUGCUUACGAUUUAAAUCAAAAAUGUCAAAUGAAUGAGUUAAAUAAAUGAAUGGUAAGUUAUUGCUGUUAAUAUAUUAUAUUUUUUCUUUUGCCAAUUGUGUACAAAGAGAGGGGAUGAUUUUUUUUUUUCUCCCUUAGAGAAAAAAAAACAGGAAAUAUUUUUGGGGUCGAGAGGAGAGAAGAGGAGUAUUUGCCUUUUUUAGGAGAUAUUUUUAAGAUUUUAAAAAGUGGUGAGAUAUUAAAGAGUAAGUGAUUUAAUGCAAUGGACUUUUUAUUGUUUUUUUCCCUCCGUCAAUCACAGUCUGUUUUCAUCUUUUUUUUGCGGAGUGAUGUGGAGUAUUAUUGUUAUUAAUAUUAUGAAUCCAAACAUCAUGCAUAUCUUCCUUGUAAAGUUAUGUCUUUUGUUUUUUUGCUUUAUUUAUUUGAGUUUUUCAAAAACGGUUUAUGUACCCUGAGACUGCUACUAUUCACAAAGAAUAUAUUUUUGUUAAUGACUGGUGAGGUGGGCAGACAUAGGCUAGCUUAUCUGUCCAUGAUGAUGUCUGGGUGGGUUGGGUUCCUUUGUUAAAUGGGAUUAUGUAUUUCAGUGUUUCGGGGGUGGGGUGGGGAGGGGGUGCCUCUUGGAUUGGGGUGCGUGUGCAGUAGUUGGCCAAUGGAUCUUAAACUUUCAAGCCACUUUUGAAAUGCCUAACCAUUGGACACCAAUCGCCCCUCCAAGGGGAAUCGCGACCCCACCACCACCCCACCCUCCCCACUCCUUCCCUCCCAUACACACUCGCGCACCCUCGUUUGUGAGUGUGUGUUUGUACGCGCACUCUCCUUAUUUAUGAAUGACUUUACCAGGAGGUGAAGGUGGUUCUGCACAAGGACAUGCGCUGGAACAGUGUGUGUUGUGGUGCAAAUGUGAAUGUGUGUGUGUCUGUGUGUGUGUACCUGUGCGAGUGUGUGUGUAUGCGCACAUAAGAGUGGGGGCAGCUGUCUUUGCGUGGUGGACUGGGGAAUGGGGUGGGGAAACUUCUAUGAACUUCAAAUGAUGAGAAAUGAAUGGGAGAGGGGUGGGGUACUGGGGGUGGUUAAAUCUCUCCGUACUCCCUCCAUGGACUCGAGACCCAGGUGUCAGCCUGGUCGCCCCCACUCCUCCUUCCCUUUCUGGAACUCCCACCGCCACAGCCAUCCCACCCCCCACCCCCACCAUCUCCUUACACCUCUUCCCCCACUAUAGCUGUUUACUCAAGAACAGCAACGGGGUUUAAUUUAAUAUUUUUUACUGUACAAAGAAAACACAAGUUGUGGACUCAAAUACUGUUUUUUUGUAAUAAAAUUUAAAAUGAUGAUAAAAAAAUGUUAUGGCUGUGAACUACCUGUUUACCUCUUGCACAAUUCGGCUCUGGCGUGGCGUGUGAUCAUGGAUAAUGCCAGGCUGUGUUGUUCUGUGAAUGAUGAAUUCAUUCCCACUUACCUGAACAAACAUC